GCCGGCUCUGCUCCAGCAGGGCUCACCAAUCUGCGAUCAAUAGCAUGACGUGUAAAUAAAGUUGUUUGAGACAACUUGGAAUAGAAUUUAUAGAGUUUGGAUUAAAAUCUAAAUUGGAAUACACCAAAGGAUACUGUCAGUGGAAUAUACAUAGAUUCCAGAUCGGCGAACAGAAGGAAAUGAUUUAGAGAACCACUCGAGGAAAUCAAGAAGAUACGAUCAAGUUGAUUAAACUUGCUCUCUCGAAGACCGUCACUCAAAUACCCUAAAGCGGAGUCUAGGAUAAUGAACACCAUAGGGCGUAAUCUUUGUGAUCUGGAACAAAUAUUGGCUUGCGCUUCUCAUGUCCUGACAUGUCCGAAUCCGUCUGACGGCCCCUCCGGUUAAAAGUUUUGAUCUCAUCGAUGCGCUACAAGAUGCCUUAAAGCCGAGGCAUGUUUAAGUAUCUUUAUAAGGCCAAACCUAAAUAGCCAUGGCUCAUAAUGGUACUCGAGCCACGGGGCCAACAAACCAGGCCCCUGGUGCAGUCACAGACAAUGAUUCAACCCCUGACGCCAUCACUGGUGCCAAGAACUUGACAGAGUCGCUCCUUGAUAGCUUCAAUACGACAGAGAGUUUGCCCGCUUCUGUAGAUACCACAAAAGCUGUCAUAAAAGAGAACUUGACGGUAGAGACACCACAGUCUCUAAAUGACACUACAAGUGAAUGGCCUUCUCUGCAUGACACAACAGUCAAUACAUUGCCGAUCACAGACAUCGAUGCUACAACUCCCAGUAGUAUCAAUAGUUCGACGGAAAGUUACAAUAGUUUUUCCAAUAACGGUACAGCGGUGACAACGUUCGAUGCUGGAACAGACAACAGGACAACAUUUGAUGACACCAGUCAGGCCAUUAAUGGGACAUUAGAGAACGUAACAGAGGAGGUACGUAGGGGUGCAACUGAGAAUAGCACAUGGGAUGCUACGCAGGAUGUGACAGAUCGGAAUGACUUCUUGGACAGCGUUUCAUCAGUAGCUGAGGAUGUAACUGCUCAGGAUACUCUAGAGCAAACUUUUGAAACUGUCACUGAGUCAUACAAAGAGACCACCUCGGAUUAUUUGGAUGCACUAAAUGAUACAUCAGUUUUAGGAAACGAUACAUCACUUGUUGGUAACAAUACAUCAGUCGUAGAGGAUUAUGCAUCAGAUUUUGGGAAUGGUACGACAUUAUCACCAAAUGACACAUGGUCGCAAGUGAAUGGCACUUUAACUUUUGAGGAUACAUCACUUUUCGGUAAUGACACACUAGAUUUAGCUAAUGACACAUCAAUUUUGGGAAAUGACACGUUUUAUGAUUCAGGAUUAUCAGAUGUGCUUGAUAAUGCAACAGAUUUAUACUCCAAUGUUUCAAACUCUUUCACUGAUCAAUCGGAUUACGAAGCGGGGAACUGGAAUGUAAGUACUGAAUCGCUAGUCUCAUCAUCGUGGGAACUUUUAGAAAAUGUCACGGCGACCGCAUCGACACUUCUAAGCAACAUCACUGAAACUGAUCUCAUAAAUGCAAGCCUGAUAGAAGAUGAUCGCUCAUUUGCAACAUACGACUGGUUAGAUCUGAACCAGUCGGACACAAACGUUGACCAGCCACACUAUGUUUAUUCUCUUCAGUACUACCUGGGAGAGAUGAUCGUUGUAACGAUACUUCUGGGGAUUCUCACCCUAUGGACAAUCAUCGGAAACCUCCUCGUCCUAAUUUCACUAUUCAAAUUCAAAAACUUAAAGACGAUGUCAAAUUACCUCAUUGGUAAUUUGGCCCUUUGUGAUUUCCUGCUCUCAAUCACGGUGAUUCCGAUGUCCUUGAUCAACGAUGUUCUCGGACACUGGCUAUUCGGGGAGGUCCUAUGUAACAUUUGGUUGAGUAUAGACGUUUUGUACUGCACCGCGUCUAUAUGGAGCUUAUGUGUGAUAGCGCUGGACAGGUUCACUGCAACAACUUUUCCAGUUUGGUACCGGGAUAAACGGUCGCUAAAUCGUGCCAUGAUGUAUGUCGCUAUUGUCUGGAUUUUCUCCAUAAUCGUGACUGUGCCACCGUUGUUUGGUUGGCAAGAUCGAAGUCUGAACUAUCAGUACAGCAAUAUAACCCUGACUUAUCACUGUAUACUGUUUCAGAAUAUCGAAUAUGUGAUAUAUAGUGCUUUAGGUUCGUUUAUAAUACCCCUAUUCCUCAUGCUGGUGCUAUACCUUAAAAUAUUCAUGGUUUUACGGAAACGUUCACAACAAUUAGCCAGGGCUCACCAACGAAAUCAACAAAAUCGACGGGCGCCGUCUAAAAAGGAAAAAGAGCGGAAAAAAAGGGUCCCACCGCAAGACAUUGAGUUGAGUACGAUAUCUAAAGGUGAGGAUUCAAAGUUUUUAUUCACGUACAGCACAGACAGUUCACCUGAUCCUGAUAUGAAGUCAGACGAGGACGACAUUUUGACAUCUGCAGACUGUAGUCGGUUGAAUUCGCCGGCCUAUCUUACGGAUAAGGACAGCACACAAGUGAGUUUGAUACAACCGCAAAAGUUCCGCAAUGGCUUAACGAGCACGAACAGCGUUUUUAGCACAAACAGCGUUUUCAGUGCAACGGACAGUGAUACGAUGGUCAUUUCAAAUCCGUCGCGCUUCACCGAGACAGACAAAGAAUCACAAAGUGAUCAAGAGAAAGUAAAACUUGUGCAGGCGCAACAUGAUCCAAAAAAUUCAGAUUCUCUGACCAUAAAGGAAAAUGAGGAAACUGAUGAUGGGAAUAAGAAACACCAUGGACUCAAAGCCCAAAAUCCAUUCAAACGGGACAGACUCAGAUCAAGCUUCCGAAAAUUUGACAAACGGGAACAACGUGCGACAAAACGUAUGGGUAUGAUCAUCUCCUGUUUCUUUGUGUGCUGGAUGCCGUUCACCUUAAUGUACUUGAUACGCGCCCUGUGCACGUAUUGCGCUGAGCUUAACCCAAAUCUACAGGCAUUUAUCAUCUGGCUAGGCUACGCAAACUCUGGUUUGAAUCCUAUCCUCUACACCAUAUUUAACGAGGAUUUCCGCAAGGCAUUUAUCAAGCUAGUCUGCUGUUGUUGGCCAUGGGCUAUGAAAUAUGGUAAAAAGAGGUAAUGGACAGAAAAUUAAUUUUCAACGCUUCCAAGAUUUUCCAGAUUCAAGUCCAUGGCUUAGUGAUACGCAUGAGUCUGUGUAAGUGUGUAAGGUUUUUUGAUAAGGCCUCUGCUGAUUACUUAACUUCUAAUAACUACACCGAUAGGGAAUAAUACGUCAAUGGGAUUGUCAGAAGUGAUAUAUUUUCAGUACAAAAUCGAAGGUGGAGUGUAAAAAUAGUCGCUCGAUGGAUGAGAAUGAAUCUGUCAUAAAAUCGAGCAAUGCAAAAGGAUUACAAUGUAAAAAGACAAUAUAUUUAUGUUAGUCAGUGGAAAUCGAAACUAUUGGUCAAGUGUGAUGUGGUGUAAAUAACGUUUAUAAUCUAUAAUCAUGAUAAUCAUGGAAUUAUCAAAUGCGUUUGUCUGAUCAUCUUUAUAAUGAUUAUCAAAGGUUUUGUUUGACGAUAACAAUCCAUCAAAAGACUUGCAUGUUGCUCUACCAACUUGUGAAUUUGAUAGUCUCAUAUUCUUCGUUUUGCAUAAUGGUACUAGCACAGAUUUGAGAGUUGUACUUUAUAAAAGAACGAGGACAGCUAUGACCAUGAAGUUGCUCAGUUUCAAUCUUGUUGAUACCUUAAAUAUGGACAUGGAUGCACUAGAAUUUUGUUUCCCUUCGUUUAAAUGAUACAAUUGACAGUUACAACUCAAUUAGUGCCAAAAGUGACAAGCAAUUCAAUUUGGAGGAUCACUUGGACAGAAUAUGGAUUAGAAAGCAAAAGAGAGACAAAUCGGUCAACAUGAAAUGUACAUAACUGAUGAAUCAACAAUAAUGGAUAUAGAUAUGUUUAUUUUCUAUAAAACAGUGCGCAUGGAUUACUUUUUUUCAGGUAACUUUUUAUUUUGUACUAGUAGUGGAAAAAUUCUAGAAAAAAAUAUCACAAGCGGAUAGUAUGACUGACAGCUGGAUUACUCAACAAGGAUUUAACGAGGUCUUAAUUGAUUAAUCUAAUUAAUCAACGAUGAAUAAAUUGUGUGAUAAUUAGAUUCUGCUUGGAAAUAUACUUCUUGAUAAAAACUA